CACCGACACGUACGAGAAUGGAGUGAAACAAAUUUCAAAUACAUACCAACUCUCCGGGACACUUUGCAUCCCAAAAUAUCGCACAUUCAGUAUCUCAUGCACGGUGUCAGCUUUGAUUCGAGGUACUGGGACUUCUCUGUUGAUAACGACCAAUAUAGCUAUGUCAGUGCUUCGGCUGAUGCAGGCAUUGCUACUUUCCGAUAUGACCGACUCGGGACUGGACUUUCCGAAAAGCCUCACGAUGCCUAUACUAUUGUACAACGGGCGACAGACGCCGCUAUCACCGCGAAGUUUGCUGAAAUGCUUCGUGAUGGAUCUAUUGGUGUCGAAGGCCAAAAGUACACCAAGAUCGUAGGGGUAGGGCAUAGCUAUGGCUCAAUUUUGAUGCAAGCUGUCACUGCCAGUGCGCCAACGGCGCUUGACGGGGUUUUAUUAACAGGAUACUCAUUGAAUUCGAGCUCGACUCCAGUCGUGCUGACGUCACUAGCAUUUACCACUGCAUCGUUGGCUUUCCCUAAUCUAUUCCCCGCAGCUAACUUCUCAAACGCGUAUCUUGUCAGUUUGGCUCCACAAACAUUCCAACUCAAUUUCUUUUACUAUCCGUAUUACUCUACAGCAGUCUUUGACGAAUCCUUGACCGUCGAGCAGCCUGUCACGCAGGGUGUGCUUUUCACUUUCGGCACAACUCCUAACGUGUCGAGCUCAUUUUUGGGACCGGUUCAUGUUGUGACGGGAGCCAAAGACUGGAACUUUUGCUAUGGAAAUUGUUAUGCCGUUCCAAGCGGUAGUACCCAAAAAACUAUAGUUGACGACGUGAAAGAACUGUUCCCAGUCGCGAGCUCGUUCUCCACGUACAUCCCACCCAAUACCGGGCAUGCUGUCAAUCUUCACUACUCAGCGCCUGAUACUUACCGCGACAUGCUCAACUUCGUUGAGGGGGUAUUUACGUCGUAGUGUCUCGAGUAUUACAGUGAGCAGCGAAAGGGUUUAUGUUAGUGAUGUUCGGGUCUUAUCCCUCCGACUUAUUGCGUAUCAGGAUAAUUCAUGCCUGCUUCCCUCGA